CCCUUGGAUAAGACCCCGCCUUUAAACUCAAACACUAACAAACUUCAGAGUAUUUUCGUCUUUUAGUAUCCCCCCCACCACCACACACUGGGGCCCCGCCUUCUCGCUCCGGAAUGGCUUCACAAAGGAUUUGCAGACGUUUGGGAAUUCCGCCUAUAGCUCCUUUUUUUACCGACACUUGUGCGCUGGAAUCGGCCCAGGAUGACCAAGGAUCCCACCCAUCUCGGUUAAUUUGACAACACAAAGGACUUCGCCGAACCCAAAAGAAACCGCCUACUAUUCCAAAUAAGGGUCGUCUCUCCAUGUACGGCAAACAAUCGGCUGGAGUGCCCUUUUCUCUUCCGUAUCCCGUUUAUAUGAUCGGGGAGACUGUGCUGCAAGUUACAGCGGUGCAAUCAUGGCGGAGCGAGUCCAGCAGCCCCCGGCCAAGCGGCUCUGCUGCAGGCCCGGCUACAACCCGGCAUGCAGACAGGGGCAGCGGGCUGGAGGAGUACUGUGUGGCGGUCCGGGGUCCGCUCCAGGGGGAUCGGGAAAAACACACAACCCCGAAUCGCUGCUAGACAUAGCGGCGCGGAGAGUCGCGGAGAAGUGGCCCUUCCAACGGGUGGAGGAACGGUUCGAACGUAUUCCAGAACCCGUCCAGAGAAGGAUCGUGUACUGGUCCUUUCCGAGGAGCGAAAAGGAGAUCUGCAUGUAUUCUUCGUUCAACGCCGGAGGAGAAGAGAGUGGACCUAGCGGGGAAAAUCAUGAAGAGACUCAGCUGCCUUUCCUACGGGGUGUCACUCUGCUGGAGGGCGGCUGGGUGGACAACGUACUGCAAGUCGGGUUUCAUCUGAGUGGCACGGUAACAGACCCGGCCACGUCCUCUCAGCCUGAGAUAAUCUGCAGCGUGAGCGUCAGCUUCGACCGCUGUAAGAUCACCGCAGUAACCUGUAGCUGCGGCAACAAGGACAUCUUCUACUGCGCCCACGUUGUAGCGCUGGCCCUGUACCGCGUACGGAAGCCCGAUCAGGUCAAACUGCACCUGCCCAUCUCAGAGACGCUGUUCCAGAUGAGCCGAGAUCAGCUGCAGAAGUUUGUCCAGUACCUGAUAUCAGUGCAUCAUACGGAGGUGUUGCCCACCGCACAGAAACUGGCUGAUGAGAUACUGUCAACUAACUCCGAGAUCAACCAGGUCCACGGGGCCCCGGAUCCCACGGCAGGAGCCAGUGUAGAUGAUGAGAACUGUUGGCACUUGGAUGAGGAGCAGGUCCAGGAGCAGGUGAAACUCUUCCUCUCUCAGGGAGGAUACCACGCCUCUGGGAAACAACUCAACCUGCUGUUCAGUAAGGUGAGGGAGAUGCUUUGUAUGCGUGACUCCAACGGUGCCAGGAUGUUAACACUGAUCACAGAACAGUUCAUGGCCGACCCUCGCCUGGCACUGUGGAGACAGCAGGGCACCACCAUGACCGACAAGUACAGACAGCUCUGGGAUGAACUAGGUGCUCUGUGGAUGUGCAUCGUGCUAAACCCUCACUGUAAGACGGAGCAGAAGUGUUGGUGGCUAAAACAGCUGAGGAGGUGGAACAGCGUGGACGUGUGUCCCUGGGAGGACGGUAACCAUGGCCACGAUCUGCCCAACCUCACCCACUCCCUGCCUCAGGGUGCCCAUGGCAACCAAGAGUUGCGUCCCCACAGGACAGUGUUCACGCGGGCCAUCGAGGCAUGUGACCUCCAUUGGCAGGACCGUCACCUGCAGCACAUUAUCGCCAGUGGCCUCUACGCCAACUAUUGUUACCACGACAACCAGGACGGCUCGCUCUUCGACACACGCGGAUGGCCCAUGUGGCACGAACACGUUCCGACGGCGUGUGCUCGGGUGGACGCCCUGCGUUCCCAUGGUUACCCCCGUGAAGCGCUGCGAUUGGCCAUUGCCGUGGUGAAUACACUACGGCGGCAGCAGCAGAGGCAGCUGGAGCAUUUCCGCAGACAUAAGAAAGAGCUGCUCCAUAAAGGUAUCACCUCCAUAACCAACAUGGAGGGCUGGGUGGGUCACCCUCUGGAUCCCAUCGGCACCCUGUUCAGCACCCUCACUGAGACGGGACGGGGGGCAGAGGAGGGGGCCAACACAUGCCUUGACCUUUCAGACUGUUCCAGCGUGGUGAGUCGUGCGGAGCUGCAGCGUUUUCCAGUGCAGCGUUUGCUAGGCGAGGGGGAAUCGUAUGUGGCGCUGGCUGUGGAGACUGCUCUGAUUGGCUUAGGCCAGCAGAGGGUGAUGCCUGACGGGCUGUAUGCCCAGGAGAAGGUGUGUCGCAACGAAGAGCAGCUAUUAGCCAAGCUGCAGGAAGUGGAGCUGGAUGACAUGCUGGUCAAGAUCUUCCGCAAGCAAGCCGUCUUCCUGUUAGAGAGUGGGCCGUACAGCGGCCACGGAGAGAUUGUCCACAGAGAGAGUGUUCCCAUGCACACCUUCACCCGCUACCUCUUCACCUCUCUCCUACCUCACGACGCUGAACUGGCGUACAAGAUUGCACUCAGAGCCAUGCGGUUGCCUGUGUUGGAGUCCACAGCCUCGUCAGGUGACCUGUCGCGACCCCAUCACAUGGUGUCUGUGGUCCCUAACCGUUACCCUCGCUGGUUCACACUCACCCACAUAGAGUCCCAGCAGUGUGAACUGGCCUCCACCAUGCUCACUGCAGCCAAAGGUGAUAGUCGUAAGCUGGAGACUGUACUAGAGUCCAUCCAGAAGAACAUCCAUUCCUCAUCUCACAUCUUUAAACUGGGCCAGGAUGCCUUCAAGAUUGCUACUCUGAUGGACAGCCUGCCAGACAUCACACUGCUCAAAGUCUCACUGGAGCUGGGGCUGCAGGUGAUGAGGAUAACCCUGUCUACGUUGAACUGGAGGAGGAGGGAGAUGGUACGGUGGUUAGUUACCUGUGCCACUGAAGUAGGGGUGUAUGCGUUGGACAGCAUCAUGCAGAGUUGGUUCACCCUCUUCACCCCGACCGAGGCCACCAGCAUCGUGGCCACCACUGUCAUGUCCAACACCACCAUCGUCCGGCUGCACCUGGACUGUCACCAGCAGGAGAACCUGGCCUCCUCCGCCCGGACCCUGGCCCUGCAGUGUGCCAUGAAGGACCCCCAGAACUGUGCCCUCUCCGCCCUCACGCUCUGCGAGAAGGACCACAUAGCCUUCGAGACAGCCUACCAGAUCGUUCUGGACGCGGCCGCCACGGGGAUGAGCUACACACAGCUGUUCACGAUAGCCAGGUACAUGGAGCACAGGGGGUACCCUAUGAGGGCGUACAAGCUAGCCACGCUAGCCAUGGCUCAUCUAAACCUCAGCUACAACCAGGAUACCCACCCAGCCAUCAACGACGUGCUGUGGGCCUGCGCUCUGAGUCACUCGCUGGGAAAGAACGAGCUGGCCGCCGUCAUCCCCCUGGUGGUGAAGAGUGUGAAGUGUGCCACGGUGCUGUCAGAUAUUUUGCGGCGGUGCACACUGACCACGCCGGGGCUGGUGUCCGCACUGCACAGCCGUAGGAACUCUGGGAAGCUGAUGUCACUGGACAAAGCUCCUCUCAGGCAGCUGCUGGACGCUACCAUCGGGGCCUACAUCAACACCACGCACUCUCGCCUCACGCACAUCAGCCCACGCCACUACAGCGAGUUCAUAGAGUUCCUGGGGAAGACCCGGGAGACGUUCCUCAUGGCCCAAGAUGGACACAUCCAGUUCACACAGUUCAUAGACAACCUCAAACAGAUCUAUAAGGGAAAGAAGAAACUCAUGAUGCUGGUGAGGGAGAGGUUCGGCUGACCAGGGUCGGCCCCUAGGGACAGGUUCGGCUGACCAGGGUCGGCCCCUAGGGACAGGUUCGGCUGACCAGGGUCGGCCCCUAGGGACAGGUUCGGCUGACCAGGGUCGGCCCCUAGGGACAGGUUCGGCUGACCAGGGUCGGCCCCUAGGGACAGGUUCGGCUGACCAGGGUCGGCCCCUAGGGACAGGUUCGGCUGACCAGGGUCGGCCCCGUGGGAGAGGUUCGGCUGACCAGGGUCGGCCCCGAGGGAGAGGUUCGGCUGACCAGGGUCGGCCCCGAGGGAGAGGUUCGGCUGACCAGGGUCGGCCCCGAGGGAGAGGUUCGGCUGACCAGGGUCGGCCCCGAGGGGGAGGUUCGGCUGACCAGGGUCGGCCCCGAGGGGGAGGUUCGGCUGACCAGGGUCGGCCCCGAGGGGGAGGUUCGGCUGACCAGGGUCGGCCCCGAGGGGGAGGUUCGGCUGACCAGGGUCGGCUCCUAGUACUUUUAUAUUAACUUGAGUCUGCCUUUUGGACUUAAACAUGGACAAGUAAAGAGUUGGAGGACAAAGCAAAAGAAGAAGGAAAAAACUAUUUCCAGAGCCACACAGUAUUAUCAUUCUUGCUGUUAUUGUUACAAACAUUAUUACCAUUAUUAUUAUUACUGUGUACAAUACUAUGUGUGUUUUAUUUUCAGAAGAAGAAAUGUCACGUUGUGAAUGUUGCGUGUGUUUUUCCAUGUGUGUGCGAGAGGAAAAAGCAGAUAACAGAAACGUUUAUUAUUAUUAGCAUCCCCCUGUUUUAUAUCUUGGUUUUAUACUGAGUAUAUGUCAAGUGGCUUAAAGUCCCUUGUGCGAAAGUGCUUGUAUAAAAACACAUUGGCAGCCUCAAAGAGACACUAUGGCUUUAAAACCACACAGACCUGACUAUUGGAAGCACUGCACAGCUCGGCUCCGUGAGAAAACCACCAUUUAGUAUUUCUGUUGACUCGCCACUUGUGUUUUCUCUGUGUCAUAGGUAUUAGUUAGAUUCUAGUUUUGGAAAAAUAGUCUUAACAGACUGGUGUUGUUUCAGAUGCAGUAAUCAUAACUAUCUGUGUUAGAUUAAGGACAACAAUGCAGGACUACAGUAAUGGCACAUGGGCCAUAAGAUGAGGAUAUGGAGUAUUAUCAAGAGUACCAGCAUUUGAUGUAUUAUGCCAGAAAUAUCCCACACUGUAACAACAAAUCAUGUUUACAGUAAAGUUUAGAGUAAUGUACCGUUAAACAAAAGUUUCUUUGGAAUUUAUGGUAACCUUUUUUACAGUAACUUACAGGUAACUAACUGGCUGCCAGUAAGUUACUGUAAAAACAACAGGAUAUAUAUAUAUAUUUUUACAGUGCACAAUGUACUUAAAACCAACAAACCUGUAAUUGUGGGUUAGUUACUGGUUCAAGUCUUAGGAUGAACAGUUGCUGGAGACUAGCCGGGUUACCUGACUGUUUCUGUAUUCACAAGACUAACCUUCACAAGACUAGCCAGGUUACCUGACUGUUUCUGUAUUCACAAGACUAACCUUCACAAGACUAGCUGGGUUACCUGACUGUUUAUGUAUUCACAAGACUAACCUUCACAAGACUAGCCAGGUUACCUGACUGUUUAUGUAUUAACAAGACUAACCUUCACAAGACUAGCCGGGUUACCUGACUGUUUCUGUAUUCACAAGACUAACCUUCACAAGACUAGCCGGGUUACCUGACUGUUUCUGUAUUCACAAGACUAACCUUCACAAGACUAGCCGGGUUACCUGACUGUUUAUGUAUUCACAAGACUAACCUUCACAAGACUAGCCAGGUUACCUGACUGUUUCUGUAUUCACAAGACUAACCUUCACAAGACUAGCCGGGUUACCUGACUGUUUAUGUAUUCACAAAACUAACCUUCACAAGACUAGCCAGGUUACCUGACUGUUUCUGUAUUCACAAGACUAACCUUCACAAGACUAGCCAGGUUACCUGACUGUUUCUGUAUUCACAAGACUAACCUUCACAAGACUAGCCGGGUUACCUGACUGUUUAUGUAUUAACAAGACUAACCUUCACAAGACUAGCCGGGUUACCUGACUGUGUAUGUAUUCACAAGACUAACCUUCACAAGACUAGCCGGGUUACCUGACUGUUUCUGUAUUCACAAGACUAACCUUCACAAGACUAGCCGGGUUACCUGACUGUUUAUGUAUUCACAAGACUAACCUUCACAAGACUAGCCGGGUUACCUGACUGUUUAUGUAUUCACAAGACUAGCCGGGUUACCUGACUGUUUCUGUAUUCACAAGACUAACCUUCACAAGACUAGCCGGGUUACCUGACUGUUUCUGUAUUCACAAGACUAACCUUCACAAGACUAGCCGGGUUACCUGACUGUUUAUGUAUUCACAAGACUAACCUUCACAAGACUAGCCGGGUUACCUGACUGUUUCUGUAUUCACAAGACUAACCUUCACAAGACUAGCCGGGUUACCUGACUGUUUAUGUAUUCACAAAACUAACCUGGUGACCUGGCUGUUUCUGUGUUCACAAGAAUACAGGCUGGGUAACUAAUUACAGUGCCAAAGUUACCAGGGUUCUAGUUGUACAGAUGUAGGAUCUUAAUUGGAUCACCUGCAAUACAGGAAAUGUUUUGCUUGUAUUUUGAGGUUUAAAGUGGUUUAAUUUCCACUUUUCCACAAUUUCUGACUUGAUUUUCCCUUAUGAAAAAUGUAUCAACCCCUACAAAAAUGUCAAUUUAUUUUAUACAUAGUUCAAAUUUCCUGUUGCUGCAGGAUUAUUUUCCUGCUGUAGCAAACAGGCUCAAAUUAGGAUCACACAUCUGUAGAAUCGGUGAGUGUAGCUCCAGAAUGGGCCAGUGUCAAUACUUCUGUGCAUGUGGAACCAUAGGAUAAUUAGAAUUCCAUUAUAAUACAGUUUUAAUAGGCCUAUUCUGUGUAUAACCUUCAGCAACUGUCAAAAGAUGUUCUCAGGGAUUUCUCUAAAACUAACAGGAAGAAGGAAUGAGUGCAGGAAACAAUGAUACGAGCAAGCAUGUAUUGUACUGUGUAUAUCUACAAUAGUGUAAGUCUGAAUAUGGAGGAUUCAAAAGUAUAUGUUAACUAAUUUAUACAGAGUAUUCUAUGUAAUGUGAAAUACUUGAAGCCGCUGUAGCUUGCUCUUUUUCUCUUAGUGUUUUUUCUUUCAAUUACAUUUUUUUUUUUACCACAGAACACAUCACAUUGGCCUUGCUAAUGGAGGGUUACUGUAGGCUCACAAGGGUAGUGUCAGUACUAAGACAUUGGUUCAGAUUAUUGAACUGCUAUCAACAGUUUGAUUUGGUGUCUAUUCAAGGUAUUGGAGCACAGUGAAAAUAUUAUCGUGUUCUCUCAAGGGUUACUUUUCACAAAGAAACAGAUUUAUGUAUUUGACUGAUGUACAGUGUUCCAUUGAAAUGUCAUAUGAAAACACGAGCAUUGAUUUUUCAUUACGUGGCAUCAUAACAUUGAUCAGCUGUUGAGAAAUGACCAACAUCCAGUUGUGUAUAACUCUGGUCCUCGAAGGCCACGGGGUCUGCUGGUUCUCUUCCUUAUCUGGUAAUCCCAGACUUUUUAGAGUUAUAUCUGGCUAAUCAGUGGUGUGAAAGCUAGGUCAGUCAGUGAUACUAACUGAUCUAUUAAAACCAGCAGGGCUGUCACCCUUCAGGACAAGAGUUCCGCUGCUCCGCUGAAAUGUCCGCUUGCCUCUGAACACGCCACAGACCAGACCAGUGUGUGUGUCUUCCUGUACGAGGUCCGGCUAUUGUACUAAUAACUUGUCUUGUUUCUUUAUUUUUCUGUUUUUUUGUUGAAGUGCUUUCUCUUUUGUUCUGUAAAGAAUGAACAGCCUUCUCUCUUGCCUUGUUUUGAAGUAACCGAACAGGAGUUCUAACAACCAAACACGUUCCAAGAAGUGAAAGCCAAGCCACCUUGGUCCCAGCUUUAGUGUCCUUAAUUAGUAACUGAAUGGCUCUGUAAACACUGUGCUUUUAACGAAGCAUUUCCUCGUGUGUUUGGUGGAAAACGUUGUCCUGUGUGUCUCGUCCUCUAAUGAGUGGAUUUCCUCUUUCUCUCUAGCUGAUUUUUUUUCUUCUGUUCGUGUAGGAAAUGGAAUCUUCUGUUUUCACACUUUAUUUAUUGUAAUGAUUCAUGUAUACAUGCUUAUGAAAUUAAGAUUUGAUUCACCGAUAUCAAUUUAUUUAUGUAACUAAAAUCACUGUUUUAUAAUCUUUUUUUUGUUUGUUUUAAUUAAAGUUAGUUUUUUUUAAAGGUA